CCUCUUUAAAAAAAAAAACCGCUUUCUUUUUUUUAAUCGAACUCGAUUUCGCAUCACUGUCCGAGGGCUACAAUGCCCAUUGCAGAGCCGUCUGCGUGCUCAGCCUCCUUUCUCGGAGAAUAAACCGGGAGCAGCGAAGAGAGAGAGAAAAAAAAUCUCUCCUUUCACCAUCACUCGCUACAAUCUCAACCGGGCACUGGGUAGCGAGAUAUCCGACCACGGGGACCGGUGACUUCAAUUGAUCUAACUUGCUUAUAUUAUUAUUAUUUUCAUCCUCUACCUGUAUACACCUCAUAUUCUGCUUCGGUUCGGGUCUAUAUACUGGAGCUAGAAAAACGCGGAGCCGUCGUGAUCUGUUCCGUGGAAAUUAUUAUUUGAGGGGCUCCUCUUUUUACCAUAUUCGCUGAAUAAUUUGUGAGCGGUGGAUUUGUUAACAUGGAGACGGUGGAAAAAGAAUGCGGAGCGUUGGGUGGGCUCUUCCAAGCUAUCGUCAAUGAUAUGAAGUGCUCAUACCCGGUGUGGGAGGACUUCAGUGCCAAGGCCACCAAGCUCCACUCCCAGCUCCGGGCUACAGUUUUGGCGGCCGUGGCCUUCCUGGAUGCCUUCCAGAAGGUGGCGGACAUGGCGACCAACACCAGAGGUGCCACCAGGGACAUCGGAUCUGCCCUCACCCGCAUGUGUAUGCGCCACCGCAGCAUCGAGGCCAAACUGCGCCACUUCACCAAUGCUCUGAUGGAGAGUCUAGUCACUCCACUCCAGGACAGAAUCGAGGAUUGGAAGAAAACUGCCAACCAACUGGACAAGGACCACGCCAAAGAGUACAAGCGCUCCCGGCACGAGAUCAAGAAGAAGUCGUCCGACACCCUUAAGCUGCAGAAAAAGGCCAGGAAAGGCCGCGGGGACCUGCAGCCCCAGCUGGACAGCGCCAUGCAGGAUGUGAACGACAUGUACCUGCUGAUGGAGGAGACGGAGAAGCAGGCGGUGCGGCGGGCCCUGGUGGAGGAGCGGGGCCGCUUCUGCACCUUCAUCGGCUUCCUGCAGCCCGUGGUGAACGGAGAGAUCGCCAUGCUGGGGGAGAUCACACACCUUCAGGCCAUUAUUGAUGACCUCACAGUGCUGACCACCGACCCCCACAAACUUCCCCCCGCCAGUGAGCAGGUGAUCAAAGACCUGAAGGGAUCUGACUACAGCUGGUCCUACCAGACUCCGCCCUCCUCCCCCAGCAGCUCUGGAUCCAGGAAGAGCAGCAUGUGCAGCAGUGUGAACAGCGCUCACAGUAGCGCAUCGCGCUCCUCCAGCGGCUCUCAGACUCACUCACCCAGUUCAUCCUAUCGCUACCGCAGCCUGGCCCACCCGCCACCAGGGGGCGCCCAGCGCCUGAGCAGCGUGUCCUCGCACGACUCGGGGUUCAUAUCGCAGGACGCCAACGUGUACUCCAAACCGCCCUCGCCCAUGCCCUCCGACAUCACCAGCCAGAAGUCCUCCAGCUCUGCUUCCUCUGAGGCGUCAGAGACCUGUCAGUCAGUCAGCGAGUGCAGCUCCCCCACCACGGAUUGGUCCAAACCAGGUCCCUAUGAGCAGCCAUUGGUCAGCACGCUGCAGAGAAGGAAGGAACCCCUAGAGCGGCUCAGGGAGCCCGAGGCUUCCGCUGGUGCCCAGGGGUAUUCUGGGAUGCAUCCGGAGGACCCACAGCAGCGACACCGGAUGACCCCUGCCAACAUUGCUGCCAAGCACGGUGAGGAGAUCUCCCCUGCAGCGAGUGACCUGGCGAUGGUGCUGACCCGUGGGCUGAGUAUGGAGCAGCAGAAGAGCAGCAGGGACUCUCUGCAGUACUCCAGCGGAUACAGCACCCAGACCACCACCCCAUCCUGCUCCGAGGAUACUAUCCCCUCACAGGUCUCAGACUAUGACUGUUACUCGGUGAACGGCGACGCGGAGGGGGAGGUGCAGGCCGACUUCGACAAGUCCUCCACCAUCCCGCGGCACAGCAACAUCGCGCAGAACUACCGGCGCAUGAUCCAGACCAAGCGCCCCGCCAGCACGGCCGGCCUGCCCAGCGGGAUGGGGGCCCAGGGCGGCCCUGCGGGGGGCGGGGGCGGAGGGGGUCCGGGCACCCCCGGGACAGCCACCAUCCGCCGCACGCCCUCCACCAAACCCGGGGUGAGGCGCACCCUGUCCAACGUGGGCCCCAUCCCCAUCCGCCCGCCCAUCGUCCCCGUGAAGACCCCCACCGUGCCCGACUCGCCCAGCUACGCCCCCCCGGCCCGCGUGGGCAGCGAGGAAUGCGUCUUCUACGCCGAGGACGCGUCCCCCAAUGCGCUGGAGUACGUCAAGGCCUCCCCGAAACGCCUCAGCCUUCCCAACAGCGCCUGGGGCUCUGGGGAGAUGAGCGUGUACCACCAGCCCCCGGACGCCACCGAGGAAGAGCAGAUGCUGGCCGCCAACCGCCACAGCCUGGUGGAGAAGAUCGGGGAGCUGGUGGCCAGCGCUCACGCCCUGGGUGAGGGCCAGUUCCCCUUCCCCUCGCUGCCCGACGGGCCCCCGCCCGGCCCGGCCCCCGGCCCCGACCCCCUGGCCCCGCGGGGAGAGGACAUGCUGGUGUCCAUCCGCCGGGGCGUGCGUCUGCGUAAGACCGUCUCCAACGACCGCUCGGCGCCCAGGAUUUUGUGAUGCAGCGUCCCCGAAACGGCCAGGAGGGGGCGCCCAACAGCCACUGACUCUGUAGAGAAUUACGUACGUCUGAAAAGCAGAUAAAAAAAAAAGAAUAAAAACGUCAUUAAAGUAAACAAAAAAAUAACGAUAAUAAUAAUGAUAAUAAUAAUGGUGAAAAUAAUGGAAAAAAUAAUAAUAAUGAAUUAAUGAGUAAAUAAUAAAGAAAUGAAAGGCCUCGGGCUGAUAUAAUUUUAGCGUGUACAGACGCAUGUUUUUCAUAUUAACACCUGCCGGAUAUUCUGUCUGUAGUGCGGCCACUGGGCCGGCUGUGGGACCCUGUUCUCCAUUUCCCGCCUAAACCCCACCCCCCAAAAAGACCCUAACCUUCGACCCCUACAGGGGCAGCCAAUGACAGUUCGCUGAGAAUGCGGUAGAGGACACCGCUGCCCCUUGCCACACCCGCACCCCGUAGCCCCGCCCACCCCGCCACCCACCGCCCAAUCCGGCUUCUCUCCACGUGUCCGACGUCACAUCGUAGGCUUGAAACCAUGGUAACGAAGCCCCUCCCUCUCUGUGCAUCUCUGUCUGUGUGACUGGCCGAUAAAUGGGUGGGGCCCUGCUGCAGGUCAGCUGGUACGCCUCUGCUGCUGCGAUUGGUCUUUUGUCUUAAGGGUUUCCCUUGGUUACUUACGUUUUUUUUUUCGAGCUGCGUCAUUAACGUAAAAAAUGAAAAAAGCUAUGUUGCUGUGUGUCGAGAAAUGAAAAAAAAUUAUAUCAUAUCAUAUAUUUUUUUGGAAUUUCCUUAUGAAUUCAAGCAAUAAGUGUGCUUUUUUGGGUGGGAGGGUGUAACUUUUGUUUGAUGUUUAGCUAGGCCACUUCUUAGGAACUUUCAGGAAGUCACUGGGCAAACGCAGCUGUGUGUAAACUCUCCCCUGUGUUCUGUAGGACUAACUAUGGCACUUUCAAGUUGAGUUCCCAGUGCUGACCACUAGAUGUCACUGUGACCACGCUGUUUACAGUGUCUGUGCACAUUGGUGAAGGAGUGGCGGUUGCCUUUGGACAUACACUACAUGUUCUAAACUACAGAACUACAUGGAGCUGGUGGUGACGGUGAGAGAAGAGAUGGCAAAGGAAGUGAGAAAGAGAUUUUGGGGGUUGGGGGGGGGUGACAGUCGACGAGGGUGUCCGUACAUCACCCGAUUCGGCUGAAUUGUAAAAUGAUAGAAGUACUAUAUUUAUAUAUGCAAGGGAUAAUAAGCAUGGAUUUAUGAAAGUGUCCGACGCCUCUACGUGAGGCUAGUGAAGUAGAGCGACGGUAGCUGUGCAAGGCAUUCUGGGAAGGGUUACUGAAGGAAAUGUGGGCUGGGGGUCUGGGAGCAGUGGAGGGCAGGAAGCGAGGUUGGGUGUGUGUUGAAAACAGCGUUUUAGCUCAGGGGACGGAGGGUGAAGGUGAUCAGAGCGGCUCCCUGUAGCGUGGCAGAGCUCUGUUCACAGGUGAGGAGAGACGCGCCGGGGCCAGUGUGUGUGUCAGCCGGGCGUGUUUCCGCGCGGAGCAGCAGCCGAGUGUGACGUGAAGGAGCAAACACCACGUCCAGGCGUUUGUGUUUUUAUUAGUUCAUAAUAAAAAAAGCCAAAGUAAUUCCCUGCAGUGUAGACGUAGAGGAGCUGUGCAUGCCUACUACAGACCUUUCACAUUUUCACUAAAACUGCCAAAUGUAAAAAAGUAAAAAAUAAAAAAAGACAAAAAAGCGGAAUGUUGCAUAACCUCUUGUUUAGAGGAAAUCUUAAAUGUACAUACUGUAUGUUCUUUAAUGAUUUUUGGAGGGAGAGACAGAAUAUGGUAAAACAAUAUUUGUUAUUUUUGACCACUGGAGUGUGACAGAAACGGGAAGCUGACGUUUGAAGCGAAAUGCGCGGUCAUUCCCGCGGAGCUGGGAUUAGGGGAGCACCACUAAAGUACCGAGCGGUCCUCUUGGCAAACUCGACCGGUAAAGACCACUAACACGGGAUGGGCACGCAAUGGGCUUUUGUCUGCAUGGAAUUUGGGGGGUUUUACCACUCUAUUUUUAGGAGUGGCAGCCAUCUUAAAAAAAUGAUAAAAGACUGAGAGGGAACUUGGUUGUUUAGAGGAGGCAGAGCGAGGUUUCUAGAACGUUCUCUUCUUCUGUGGUGGGAAGAGCUGUGCUCCAGCACUGUGACGAGA